AUGGAAGAGGUACUCUUUGGGAAGAUAAUACUCUAUAGAGUCUUUAAAGCAAAUGGGAAGAUAAUACUCUAUAAAAGGGUAAAUAAAAUUGAAUAUAAUUUAAUAGAGUAUAUAAAUUUUGGAAAUAAAAGAUGUCAUUAAAGUUAUUGAAAAAGAUAUGCUAGAACUUUAAGAUGUAUUGGGUUUAAAGAUCGAUAUUAUUUUCGAAGUAAUUUAUUAUAAUUAUGAAGUUAUUAAUGUAAUUUAAUUGGAAUCUAGAAGAAGUCAUUUAAAAAUAUUUCUCUAAUUAAGAAGCUUUAUUGAUAAAAUUAAAAUCUGAAGGAAUUUAUAAAGAUCAUGAUAAGAUCAAUGAAAAUGGUCAUAAAGGAACAUGCUCAGUUUGUUUUUGUGAUGGAAAUUUAAUUAGGAUGGACUCAUAAAUUUGGUAUUACAAUAAAGCAAAAAAUUUCUGUGGAUAAUUUUUAAUAGUGAAAUGUUUAUAGAAUGGAUGCAAUUAUAGAAUUCCUUUCUAAAUGCUUAAAAGAUAUUCUAAUCCUGAAUUUGACAAUUUAUUAAGUAGAAGAUAUGUCGAUAGUUCUAAGUCUUUAGUUUAUUGUACAGGAGUUAAUUGUAAUAAGAUUUUAAAACUCACAUUAAAAUCAAUAAAAGAAGUGACUUGUGAAUCAUGUCAGAAUAUAUUCUGUUUUUAUUGUAAAGAGGAUCCAUUUUGUAAAAAACCAGUAGAGAGAUCAGAAGGAUGUAAUUAUAUGAUGUGUAAACCUCCAGGAGGUUGUUGUAAGGCUUUUUGUUAUGUUUGUUCAUAACCUUGGAAACCUGAUCAUAAAGAUCAUUUUAAAUGUAAAAAAUAUAUCUCGCAAAUAUUUGAGCAUUAUGAAUUCACUUAAUUCUUAAUCUAGAGUUGUAUUAAAAUGGUAAUUUCUUAUUAAUAUUUAAGGUCAAAUCGUAUUAGUUACUAUAUAUCUAAAGCAAACAAAUAGCCAGCUAAAAUAUUUGAUUUUUAUCAAGGACAAUUUGAACAUGCUUGUUUUGAACUUUAAGCAAUCACUUUGAUAAAAUUAUUUGAUGAAAUAGAUAAAUAAAAUGAAAAAUUAUAAUAAGACG